AUGAAAAUACCCUCUGUGUGUCACUACUUGGAGACAAAGUCCACAACACUCACACAGCCACAGUUCUUAAUGUCGCCGUUUUCUGUACGUUUGCAUUGUGUUAAUAAAGGGGGGCACAGAGGGGGCUUGCCCCACUGUCUAGGGAUUAAAUAGAAGGUAGGAUCGGUUAGGUUUGGAUUUUGGGUUUGCAUGUUAUCCUGGAUUUGGAACUUCUUCUCUGGAGGAUGCAUUGCUGUCAGUAAAAAAUACCCAUGUUCUAUUUAGCAGGCUGGACACUCAUGUGUGUAGAAUAUAUAAUUUGUCAAUAUAUUUAAACUUUUCUAUGUGGUUAUAUAGAACCUCAUUGAUUUGUAGCUAUUUUGAUGAAUGUGCUAAUGCUGAUAAUUGUUCAGAAUAGGACUAUAGGACUGCAUGAUCCUGUGGCCUCCUUGCUUCCCACUUUAGGAAAGGCAAACAAACCUAUGCUUCAGAUUUUCUAGUACAGUUGAAAUUUGGUAUUGUUUCCUCAAUGAUGAUAAAUAUUUAGGGAGGUUGACAGAGUGUAACUGGCCAGAAUAUAUAAAUUAGGUAUUUCCAGUACCAAGCUGUGUGAACAUAGACUCAUGUAUUCAGAACUGUUUGUCUGAUUUUUUGUUUUACCUUUCCUUUAUACAGAUUUUUUUUUUCUUUUUUACCUAAUAGUGUUUUAUGCAUAGUUUAGUCACAGACUAGAAACUUUGUGGUGCAUGUGAAAUAUAUUAUGCGCACAGUUGGCUGCGCACUUUUCUGUUUUCACUGCCGAGUUCUCCCUUUCUUACGAAUUGGCCGCACAAAGUUUUUGAAGUGCCUGUUUACUACACAUCGUGGAUUGCCCCAAGCAUAGAUCACUUUACUAACUGAACUUCCUAAAAGAAGUUUUAACUAAACUGAACCAUACUUAGCCAUUGAUGACAACCCAUUUUAAUAGUGUGGAAAUGAUGUAUAAAUAAUGUAUCGUCCAUUAUAAACAUUACAUAAUGCAAAAAAAUAGUCUUAUAACAAUGAACUGCACAUUAUUGAACGAACUGAAAAUUCAACUGCACAAGAAAAGGUAUCUGUGAUGACCCUAAGGCAGGCAGAGAGGCUAGCCAAGCGAAGGGACUUAAAGCUGGUCCAGGUGAUAGACUCAACCCUGAAGGGCAAAGUGGAGAAGCAAGUGUACAAACUGAUGACGGGGAAGCAGUACUUUGAGGAGGAAGUCCGAGGCAAGAAAGACGUCAAGACUGCUACUGGGGUGAAGGGGGAAAAGAUGUUAACCAUUUCCGGAAAGAUUGCUGAGCAUGACCUGAAGUCGAAACUCCAUAAUAUUGAAAAAUGGGUGAAAAAGGGUCAUCAGACAAAGGUCACGCUGUCUUCACAUGGAUGCACUCCAGAUGAUCUGGAGAAUAUCUACAAUACCAUUGAAGCAGAUGUAGUGGGUUUUGGCGGCCGCAUUCUCCAGCGACAUGUGAAGGCCGGAAACAUAAAAUUCUUUAUUGCAACUGCCAAAGAAGCUAAGGCAGAAAAAAGUGGCAAUUUAAAAGCAAAGAACGAACAAUCUCCAAAGACAGAAGAGAGAAAUCAAGAUCUGAAUCCGGACGAUGAAGUAUCUGAUCUCGGAAGAAAAGUGGAAAGUUGAGGAAAGUUUUAAAGAAGUGGAUGACACCAAUAUCAAAAUGCAGAUGAAUUUUGAGCUUGUGGAAGUAUUUUGUAAGAGGAUGAUCUCUUCAUGGGUUGGUGAUAUUCAACUGUUAACUUGCAAAUGCUGAAAAAAUUCUUCAGCAUUUUAUUGUAAGUUAGAAAGACAUUUGGGAAUGAAACUAAGUACUGUGAAACAGUUUAUGUAAAUAGGAAAUAUUUUUAGAAAAAUUGUUGAUUUGAAUAAAAUUUUGUCAAUAUUCUAUUGUCAUGACUUUUAUUUACAGAAAUAUUUAUAAUGUAAUUAAGUUAUGGGAAAUGAAUUGAAGACUGUCUGCACUUCAGUAUUGCAAAAUCCUAGCUGCAUUCUUGUAACUGGUUUAGAUUUUGGUGAGUGCUUGUAUGAAGGAGAAAAAUAGUGAUGAUAAUUAAAGAAAAUACAUUUUAUAAGUGAACAAGGAUGAUACUGGCAAAGCAGAACCUGCAGUUUUCUGGUGAGUCUGAAGACACCUGGAUAGUUGAAUGGACAAGAGAAAGUUUUUCAGAGAGUGGAUUCUUUUUUCUAUUAAAAAAAAAAAUAUGGAAAGAAAACCCUGACAUCUUUCUUCCUUUUAGAACAGAAGCUAAUACCUAAUUGCAUUGUGUUUCUUAUAU